GUCUAUGAUAACUGAUUUGUGGCACACAUUCAGCGCUUCGAAGAUCCAAUUGUGAGCACAAACUCAACGUAAAUAUAAAUAAAUACUCAAAAAAGUGUUUACAAAUUGAAAUAAUAAUUAAUUACAAUUAAUCUUUCCACUCAAUUAACGAUUAAAAUUGUUUUCUAAAUAAUUCAACAAAUUAUUGAUUUGAAACAAUUUGGACGAAAACUCCAUUCAUUCCGAUUAAAGUCUUUGUUUAACAACAAGAAUAAUAAUAAAAAUUUGCUCAACAAUUAUGAAUAUUAAAUCAAUACUCAGUUUUAAUCAUAAUAAGCGAACAAAUGCUAUUUUAUGUCUUAUUUUUAUGAUUUUCUCUUCAUUACAAUCACUGGUUUGGAGCGUGAGAAUCCAACCCCAGGAUAAGGUGAAGGCUAUUUGGAACCGACAAACUAUAUUCGUUAAAUGUGUCAAAGAUAAGGGCCAAACUGAUGGAGUACUUAAAUGGGUUUCUGCGGCAACGGGUGAACCAAUUGAUGACAACAGUUUGGCUCCAAUAUACCAACAACAGGGACACGAAUCUGUCAAACUAUUCCUGGUUAAUGUUCCCAAAAGAUAUUCUGGAUUUUACGAAUGCAGACACACAAAUGGUGAUAGAGUGAUCUCAUCGGACAAAUUUGAGCUGAAAGUAUACAAUUCAAUUGAAAUGGAAGGCAACAAAGACAAUAACGUGGGCGUUGAAGGCGACCCCUUUUCAAUGGUCUGUAUCUCAAAGUUUGAUUCAGACAGCGAUCAGUCCACUGAAUCUCAGGUCUCAUGGAUUCACAACAACGUCCGCAUUAAAGAUGAGGAAGGUUCUUUUACAGUUAAGAAUCGUGUGGAACAGUCUGUCAAUAUGAAGUCUAUAAGAAGUACGCUAACCAUUAAACGACUCACCAAAGAGAAUGAGGGAACUUAUAAUUGCGAAUCGGUUUACGCCAACACUUAUCUCACAGACAUGAAGGCUAUUGACAUUAAUCUGAGAGUUCAAUUUAAGCCUCGUUUCCCCGAAAACACUCAGAAAAGUGUUUGGGUUUCCGACGAGACGUCAAGCAGUCCGGUAGUCGUAAACGUGACAUGUCUUGUAAACGCCGAUCCCAUCGCAGAGUUUCAAUGGUAUACCGGACGGGGACACCAGUUAACCAAUGAGAACAGAUUGUCUAAUGCCAAUUAUAAGCAUCACAUUUACAACACCGAGAAUUUAAGUGUUUUGUCCCUCGAAUACGAUAACAUUGGUAAAAUUAGGAACAAAUUCAAUGAUGGUCACAAUUCCAAGAAAUUCGAGUGUAGGGCCAGAAAUGCCAUCGGAAACGAAGUGAUUACCUUUGAUCUAAACGUUGGCAAACUUCCAGAACAACCUUUUCUCGCAAAUUUCUCAUACGAUGAAGGAGUUCUACACUUGACUGUCAAUGAAACACAAGUCGAACCACCGAUUGAUAUCUACAAACUGGAGAUUGUAGACAAACAACACAUUUACUUUAACUCGAGUUAG